UACUUAAAAUUCCUAUGGGAGGAGUUAAUUCUGAGUUUAUUCUCAUUUCUCAUUUUAUGUUGGAGUUUAUGAACCAAAAUAUAUAGUAUAUCCCUUGUGUGAUCACUUGGACCCUUUCAGCAUGUAAAAUAUUUUGUCAAAAACUCUUGACCUACGACACUCUUGAUUCAGAAAUACUGAAGAGAUCCAAUGAAUGUCUGCAUCCCCUUCACAGAAAUGCUGAAUAUACCUCAAGUGAUACCUGUGAUCAGAUGAGAAAUUUGAGAAUUUGGCAGUUAUAAAUAUUAUUGUUCUAUGUUAUACGAUUGUUAUCAAUCAUUUUUACUAUUUGAAUUCAGGAAUUAUAUUUUGAUUUAAAGAGAAAUAAAACUUACAAACGUGAGAGUUGGAUUUGGGAGCAGCAUUUGAUGGUACCCUUAUUAGAUCUUGCAAACAAAGUAUUAUAUGAAGGAAUGGAGAGAAAUGGGCAAUGUUUUUCUGAUAAUAAUAUAUCUGUGGAAGAUUUUGGAUCGAUUUGUAGGGUUUGUUUACUUCCCAACAAUUUGCUACCAUUUAUUCCUUUGGAAGUAACAAAUAUAUUCGAGAAACUAACGAACAUCAAGAUUGAAAUGACUGAAGCGUUUCCUGGCAAUAUUUGCGAAGAAUGCGUCAGGCAACUGGAAUAUGUAAAUGAAUUCAUUGAAAAAUGUAAAAAUAAUCAUACCCUCCUUAUGCUAAAACUAGAAAGUAAGUACCAACCUGAUUCCGUUACAGAAUCAUUCUCUUGUGGGAGUACAGAUAUAGUAGUUGAAGCAGAAAAUGAAUGUUGUGUAACACUGGAAUCUAAACAUCAAGUGAAUGAAUCCUUCGAAUGUGCUAAAUGUGAGGCAAGUUUUGCAGUGAAGUUGUCAUUGGUGAAUCAUCUGAAAAAACACGCGAAAGAAGAAAAAUUUUUGUUGAGUGGUGUACGAAAUGUUCGCCCGAACUCAAUAAAAAGACAAAAACCUGCUUUGAAAAAUGCCAAACGUUGCAAAUCUAAUAGCAGGAAAGCAGCCAGGAGAACAGUUUUGAAACCAAAAUUGGAGCCCGGGCAGAUAGUGAAAACCAUCAAAUCGAAGUACUACUGCUCUAGGUGUGAUAGAGUUUUAACUUCUAACUCAGCUCUCUCUAGUCAUAUGAAAACCCACACUGGUGAAAGGCCGUAUUCUUGUUCCUAUUGUAGAAAGUCAUUUUCUUACAUAAGCAGUCUCACGGUUCAUACAAGAUUACACACAGGAGAAACCCCCUACGUCUGCUCAAUAUGCAAUAAAGGAUACAGAAGUUCUACAAGUUUGAAAAAACAUAAACAAGUCAAGCACUAUGAAAUUGAUGAUAACGUAGAAAGUAGUGGAGUAACAAGUCAUGGAAAGGAUGAAGCAAAAACUAGAGAAUCCAGUAAACAGGAAUGUAAAAUUUGUCACAAAGUACUGGACAAAUACGGAUUUGGCACCCAUAUGAGGAUACAUACAAUCGAAAAGAAACAGUUUAUCUGCGAGUUCUGUAACAAACAAUUCCAGAAAAAUUCACAUCUAGAAAGGCAUAUUAGAAUACACACCGGUGAACGACCUUAUAAAUGCAAAAUGUGCGACAAGACCUUCAUACAAGAUGGUGACUUGAAGAGGCACAUUUCAAUUCAUUCUGGUGAGAAACAGUUCCAGUGUCAGCACUGUGGCAAACAGUAUUUCACAAAAGGGGCGUUAGCCACACACAUGACAGUACACGGAGAAGGAAAAAAAACGCAUACGGGUUGCAGUUUGUGCAAGUUGGAACAAUGCAGUCACGAUAAGAUGAAUAUCAACGCCCAAUGUAACAGGAAAUAUUUGUGUACAAUUUGUGGAAAAUCUUUUACCGCUAGUGGAAGUCUCAAGGUUCACACCAGGAUUCACACGGGAGAAACGCCAUUCGUUUGCACAUUCUGCAACAAGGGAUACAACAACUCGAGUGCCUUGAAAAGGCAUGUCAUCAGGAAUCACAGCGAAGAGAAAAAACAUGUUUGUUUGAUAUGUCACAAGAGUUUUCAUGAUCCUUCUAAUCUGAAGAGGCACGUUAGGAGAGUUCAUUCUGUAGUCGAAACAAAAUCAAUUUAUGCUCUACCUGUUAAAUGAAAAUGAAAUAUUAUUCCGAA